CCUCUAAGACAUGAAACAACUGGUCAACUCACCAUAGACAGGGAGCCAGUGUAGGUGAGAACUGCAUAGUUGACCACACUUGGUGGGCCUUGGAGGCAAGUUAGUGGUUCUACAUUCACACUAACUUUAUAGUGAACAUGGGGGCUGGGGCAAGCGCUGAGGAAAAACACUCCCGUGAGCUAGAGAAGAAGCUGAAGGAAGAUGCUGACAAGGAUGCCAGGACUGUCAAACUACUGUUACUAGGAGCUGGUGAGUCAGGGAAAAGCACAAUUGUCAAACAGAUGAAAAUUAUCCACAAAGAUGGUUACUCCCUAGAAGAGUGCCUGGAGUUCAUUUCUAUCAUCUACAGCAACACCUUGCAGUCGAUCAUGGCUAUUGUAAAGGCUAUGAACACGCUCAACAUUAGCUACGGAGAUGCUGCCCAGCAGGACAAUGCCAGGAAGCUGAUGCACUUAGCUGACACUAUUGAAGAGGGCACCAUGCCCAAGGAGCUGUCUGAUAUUAUCCUGCAGUUGUGGAAAGAUACUGGGAUCCAAGCAUGCUUCGACAGGGCCUCGGAAUACCAGCUCAACGACUCUGCUGGAUACUAUUUAAAUGAUUUGGAAAGGUUGAUCCAGCCUGGCUAUGUCCCCACUGAGCAGGAUGUACUGAGAUCUCGAGUUAAGACAACUGGUAUCAUUGAGACCCAGUUUUCCUUCAAGGACCUCAACUUCAGGAUGUUUGACGUAGGAGGCCAGCGCUCAGAGAGAAAGAAAUGGAUCCACUGCUUUGAAGGCGUUACCUGCAUCAUCUUCAUUGCUGCUCUGAGUGCUUAUGACAUGGUGCUGGUGGAGGAUGAUGAAGUGAACCGAAUGCACGAGAGUCUCCACUUGUUCAACAGUAUCUGCAACCACCGCUACUUCGCUACUACUUCCAUUGUACUCUUCCUCAACAAGAAAGAUGUCUUCCUUGAGAAGAUCAAGAAGGCCCAUUUAAGCAUGUGCUUCCCUGAAUAUGAUGGACCAAACACAUAUGAAGAUGCUGGUAACUACAUCAAGGUGCAGUUCUUGGACCUGAACAUGCGGCGAGACGUCAAAGAAAUCUACUCGCACAUGACUUGUGCUACAGACACUGAGAACGUGAAGUUUGUGUUCGAUGCCGUAACAGACAUUAUCAUCAAAGAAAACCUCAAGGACUGUGGUCUCUUUUAAACACGUCCAUGCCUGAGAAAAGGCAUGGAGAGCACCUAUAUUUUCUCUUUCUCCAAGAUGACAAGUAUUCUCAAUUUCACAGAAACACCUAGAACCUAUAAAGAGGAACUGGUAUAUACUGCUGCUAAUGUCUUUUCUAAUUCCAACUGAAUACCAUAGAAAGAUGCUGCACAGUCACAUGGUCCCACUAGUGUCUUACAGUAAAGGAAUACAAUUAUAGCAGCAUUUUAUCAGCUGCACAAUGAGACAGAAACGCUCUUUUGAAAUGUUAGCUUCUCACAGAUUACAGGAGUUUGGAUUACGUGAUUCAGCUCUUAUAAUUUCAUGCAGUGUUCUAUAUCUUAGUCUCUGAUUUUGGUGCAUGGUAUCUUUUAAAACACCUGCAUAUGCACUUCAUUAAAAAAAUUCAAUCUAAAACAUAGCUACAUAUGUUGUAUUGCAUGCAGUACAUGUCAUACUUAUUGGCUUAUAAGUAUUUCCCAUUUUCAGUGAUGUACUUGAAUGCAAUGCCCAUCGACCAGAUUGACAAAAAGAUGAGCUUCAGAUAUAAAAUAUUAUGUUCUAAUGACGCUUCGCUCAUUAAGAACUGUUUCAUAUUACAGUGUAGUUUGAGCUGAGACAUUGCGCUGGAUAUCUUUCCUUUUGGCUUUAUAAAAAUAAUAAUGAAACAAUGUGAACAAGAGCAUAAGAAUGUAUAGAUGAGCAAUAAAG